AUGAGCUACGAAUUAAAAACAAAUAUAACCACAGAAAAUUGGCCCCCGCAAGAGAUACCAAAGGAUCCAGAACCUCUUCAAAAAGACUCUAUGUUCUACCUCGACCAUGUCACAAUUCUUGUGGAGAACGCACUAUUCAAAGUACCCAAAUACCCCUUCGAGCAAGGGUCAGAAGUGUUUCGUGAUAUGUUUCAGCUGCCGAUAGCGGAGGGCAGCUUGGUGGACGGUUGUGAUGAUAGCCAUCCCUUACGUCUGGAUCAGAUCAAGAAAGAAGACUUUAUACAGUUUCUGAAGGUAUUAUUCCAGGGACCUUACAAACAAGAAAUUCUCCCAGCUUCAGCUGUGGAGUGGACUUCAGUCCUAAAACUAUCCACAAUGUGGGAUUUCGAAGUGAUAAGACAAGCCGUCAUUCAACGGAUGUCGAUUAUGCCUAUCGAGUGCGUUGAGAAGGCUGUCUUAGCAAUGGAGUAUAAGGUUGAUAGUUGGUUGAUUCCGGCCCUCAAUGAGUUGGCCCAACGAGCGGAGUCAAUUACAGUAGCGGAAAUGGGGCGUCUCGGUCCAGAACUGACCCUGAAGAUGGCGGCUGUACGGGAAGGCGUGCGAGAGCGAAAAGGUCCAGUUAAACGAUCGAAAGGUUCGGAUCACUGUAGAAACUGCGGGAGUGCUUUUGUGCAAGAUUUUGAUAAUAGUUCUAAUUUUGAGCUUGGAGAAAGAUGCAUUGUUAACCUUGAUUUCUCCUCGAAGAUACAGAAAAUACUCACUAGAAAUAUGUAG